UGUCUACAGCCUGAGUAUGCUCAUUAAUGAGCUGUGUCUGACUGCCAAGGAGCAGUGAAUUUCCAGGCCUUUGAAAAUACGCAUCAUUGGGUCUGUAGAUCUCAUAAGUGCACUCAACUAAAUUUUCUUAAAUUUUAACAGACCAGCAGUUUGUUGUGGUUACAGCAGGGCGAAAGCUAAGUUAUAUCAAGGCUACGCUUUGCAUUUUUUGGUCAACUUGUGGACAGUUGCCAUCAUCCUUUUAAGUGCUCCUAAAAUCGUUCUGCAUUGUCCAUCUGGACAGAUUUUGUUCUGAAAUGCCAAAUAAAGCACAAGAGGAUGCUGUUAUUAAUCUCAAGUCCAUACAAGAACUCUCCAAACAGCUAGGUUUUGAGUGGACGAUCAUUGCCAAUGAACUGGGAUUUACAAGAGCUGAAGUCAGGCAAUUUCAUGGUUCUUCUGUAGAGAAAAAGGUGCAGGCCCAGAAAAUGCUGGAAUGCUGGUAUGAAAGGUCCUGGAACAAGCUGAACAAGACCAAGCUCCUGCAGGAUGCAUUAGAGCGUGCUGGCCGCCAGGACCUUGCUGACAAGCUGCGCUGUCUCCACUGGGGUCAUCAGAAACUGAGCCACAGAGUGGAGCUUCCUUCUGCCUUCCCUUUCCUCAUUACUGUCCAUAAAACCAUCAACAACAGGGAGGGGCUGAAGAAGAUCAACCAGCUAAGUCAGAAGAAUGCCUAAUGUGUCAGCCAAGGUGAUCCUACAGUACCAUACGAGCGUUCUAGAUGGCAUUUCAAACUGUAACAUGUCUAUGUCAAAUACACUG